UUCCGGAGGUUGCUCGGUCCGCUCCGCUUCAUCCACCUUAACUCCACUUCAUCUUGCAGAAGCCGCCGCGCCAUGGCCGGGCCCACUUAGAGCGGAGGGGAGCCGCUCGCUAUGCUCGCUGUCCGACCCACGACCUCCGCCUGACUUGACCUCGGGAUGCAGAGCGGCGGCCUACCUGGCCUCGGGAUGCUGUCCCGCUGGCCCCGCGCCGAUACUGUAGAGCGCAGCGUCGCUUUCCUGCAGCAACAGCACUCCGAAACUCUGGCCCAGCUGCACCAGGAGGUGGAGCGGCUGAAACGUCAGAAUAGGGAUCUUCAGUACAAACUCAUCAUGCAGCCUGCCUUGCAGACGCCCGAUUCUCCCAACAUUCUGUCUGCCAAGCCUUCCCAAAGGAUUAGUCCUGUGGAAAAAGUAGCUUCAAGCCCAAAGGCAACAAAAAGAGAAGGUUCUGCAAAACCAGUGGAAAAGAAACAAAUGAGUGAGGAGCUCAUAGACAAAAUGGAGAGUGCAGAAGAGGCAGCAGCCAGUGUGAUGCAAAAGGAUGCUGAGACCCUCCAUUCAGAGCUGGAGACACCAGCAGAGAAGGCUCCCCCCAGAAACCCAGAAGUCUGUGACAAAAUGACAUCCCCAAUACCUCUUCCAUCCCCAAGACAAACAAAAACCGAGGAAGUGAAAAUCCCUCCAGCUUCUUCCAACCCGUUCUUGGUGAAUGUGCUUCCGUCCCACAUGCGGAAGCCCCCAACGCUGGAGGAGUGUGAGGUGGUGAUUCGCCAGCUGUGGAACAUCAACCACAUGCAGAUGCAAGAGCUGAUGUAUUUGAGAUCAUGUUUGGAAGACAUCCACAAGACCAAAAGAAUUCCUGAAGACUAUAUGCUAGCUGGGCAGCUAGGGAACCAGGAUACCACACGUUUGCCUAGAAUGAAGAAUGUUCCUAAGAAAUGUAGGAUUCUAACACCACUGCCUGCUGCUGAAAGAGCUGUGCUGCCAGCACUGAAGCAAACAUUAGGAAAUGCUUUUGCUGAGAGACAGAAGAGAGCACAAGCCGCUCAGAGGAACAGGCUUCAUCGGACUGUGCUUUAGCAAGUAGAGUUCAAUCAAUUUGCUUCUAUAAAUGGUUCAGAAGCCACCCCCGGCCAUGUUUGUUCCCCACAUCAUAUACUGGAUGAGUUUGCACAAUUCUUCCAACAGGGUCUUGGCAUGAUGUUCUCUCUCAUUUAACUUUCUGUUAAGUACAUAAAUAACUGCCUGUUUUUGU